CGGCCGCGCUCUCUGUGGCCCUGGCGGACCGCGAAGAUGGCGGCGCCCAUGGAGGUGGCGCUGGUGUCGGACGCGGCGGGGCCGCUCUGCAACUGCUCGGUCUGGGAGCUGCACUCGGGCUCGGCCCUGCCCGGGUACCGCGGCGGCAACAGCGGCCCACGCGGGCUGGCGCUGCUGGGCGGCGAGCACCUGCUGGGGGCCCAGCUCGGCAAGAGCUACAUCAACGUCUGGGAGCUCCAGAGGAAGGACCAGCUGCAGCAGAAAAUCAUCUGUCCCGGGCCUGUGACCUGCCUGACAGCCUCUCCCAACGGGCUCUACAUCCUGGCGGGCGUCGCUGAGAGCAUCUACCUGUGGGAGGUGUCCAACGGGAACCUCCUGGCCAUCCUGAACCGACACUACCAGGACCUCACGUGCCUCUGCUUCACUGAUGACAGCAGCCACUUCCUCUCAGGGGCCAAGGACUGCCUGGCCCUGGUGUGGAACCUCUACAACGUCCUGCAGGCAGAGCCCUCCCAGAUCCCUGACCCCCGGCACGUCUGGUCCCGGCACAGCCUCCCCAUCACCGACCUGUGCUGCGGCUUUGGAGGGCCCCUGGCACGGGCUGCCACCGCCUCCCUCGACCAGACGGCCAAGCUCUGGGAAAUCUCAUCUGGGGAGCUCCUGCUUUCCGUGCUCUUCGACGUGGGGAUCAUGGCUGUGACUCUGGACCUCUCUGAGUACCACAUGUUCUGUGGGGGCAUGGAUGGAUCCAUCUUCCAGGUCGACCUCUGCGCCUGGCCGGUUCAGAGAGACCGGACCUUCCAGACGGAGCGGGAGAACGGGAAGGUCUUCAAAGGGCACAGGAACCAGGUGACGUGUCUGUCAGUCUCCACAGAUGGCAGCCUCCUGCUCUCAGGCUCUCACGACGAAACUGUCCGGCUGUGGGACAUCCAGAGCAAGCAGUGCCUGAAGACGAUGAAUCACAAAGGUCCAGUGACAAACGCCUUCAUCGUGCUGGCCCCUGCCAACAUGUUCAACCCCGAGGGGAAGCCCAGCAUGCCCCUGCCCAAGUUCAGCAGGCACCUGCACGGCACCGAGAGCAGCGAUGAGCCGGGCGCCGAGGGGGUGACGCUGCGCCUGGGGCUGCACCAGCAGGAGCCUGGGCAGAGCUACCUGGAGAAAGCAGAGAGGAUGUACUCGCAGAUGUACUCGACGAGGGAAAAGAACCUGGUGGGAGACCAGGAGCACCUGACGAUCCAGGUGAGCGAGCUGGAGGAGGAGGUGAGCAACCUCCGGAAAAUCAACAAGGACCUCUUUGACUUCUCCACUCGCAUCAUCACCAAACCAGCCAAGUGAAGAGGCUCCCCCCGCCCUCGCACCCCUCCGCCUCUCCCUGUCCGGCUCCUGGGGAAGAACCGCCCGCCCUCGGGCACCGCCCAGCCGGCUGCGAGCACCCGGCUCACCUUCCCCCGACCCGGCACACGCCGCCGCCUUCGCCUGCUCCGUGACACGGGACUGAGACCGGCGCGGGGACCGCGAGGGGACAGCACAGGGACCGUGUUCACUCCGAUUCGGGGCCGGGGGGCACUCGGGCGGCCGCUGCAGGAGGAGCGUCGCCGCCUCCUGGGAGGGUUCAGGAUGCAGCUCCGGCUCAUUCCCCGUUUCUUCCCCCGCCCCUUUUUUGUUUCUUUUCGUUACUUGACCCUGCAGUGCAGACAGAAAAGUGUUUUUCCUCUCAAUACCGGUUUGAGAUUGGAUUUUGGAGACCCCCUUCUGCCCACCCUGUCCUGGGGAUUGCUGCUCAGUGCCACUGGACCCCACACUCUGGAGAGCAGGGCCUGAGGGGCUCCUGCUCUGGGGGUGCACUGGGGGGGCUGCUGCAACAGGUGGGGGGUCCCUGGCUACCAGGGCUGAGGAGGGGGCUCCUGAUCUGUCUGGCAGGCAGAGCCUGGGGUGUCCCUGGGCUUGGAGCACAGGUGGUGGUUUUGGGGCACAGGGUCACUCUGGGGAGGGGCGGGGGGACCAGCAAGGUGCUAUUUCCAAUCUCGUCAGUCCACAGUUUAUAUAUAUUUGGAUCCAACGACUCUGUUUUCACGGUGUUUGGGGACUCGGCCUUUUGUAUUGUCACAGCAUGGCAGCGGGGGUUGUGGGUUUUGUUUAGGUUUAUUUUUUACAUAAAAGAUUUGGUUUUUAUAGUGAAA